AACCGCAAGUCACAGUGCGGAAGAAGAAGACCUCGCGUGCAAAACACGCCGCAAUAUAUUAUUUUAUUUCAAUUAUAAUAAAAUAAAGCCAGUCAUGGAUGAUGCAGACUACGAUAACGACGAUGUUGGCGGGGAUGACUUUGACGAUGUCGACGAGGACGUGGACGAGGACAUUAACCAGGAGGAGGAGGCGGACAACAUCGAAAUCAUAGCCCCCGGCGGAGCGGGUGGCGGAGGUGUGCCCAAGUCCAAGCGAAUCACCACCAAGUACAUGACGAAAUACGAGCGCGCAAGAGUCCUGGGCACACGAGCGCUCCAGAUCGCCAUGUGUGCACCUAUCAUGGUGGAGCUGGACGGGGAAACAGAUCCCUUGCAGAUAGCCAUGAAGGAGCUCAAGCAAAAGAAAAUCCCCAUCAUCAUCCGCCGAUACCUGCCGGAUCACUCCUACGAGGACUGGAGCAUAGACGAGCUUAUCAUGGUGGACAAUUAGCUAGUACUCAACCCCUUUAUCCAUAAUAAAACAAAUCGACUAAGUACAAUCUA